AUGACUUCUGACUGCUCCUCCACGCACUGCUCUCCUGAAUCCUGUACCACGGCCUCCGGUUGUGCACCUGCCUCAAGCUGUUCCAUAGAAACAGCUUGUCUCCCCGGUGCCUGUGCUACAUCCCAAUGUCAGACUCCAAGCUUCCUAUCCAGGUCUCGCGGGCUGACUGGUUGCCUCCUGCCAUGCUACUUUACUGGGAAUUGUAACAGUCCCUGCUUUGUGGGGAACUGUGCCUGGUGUGAGGAUGGGGUGUUCACUAGCAAUGAGAAGGAGACGAUGCAGUUCCUGAAUGACAGACUUGCCAACUAUCUGGAGAAGGUGCGCAGCCUGGAGGAGACCAAUGCAGAGCUGGAAUCCAGGAUCCAAGAACAAUGUGAACAGGAUAUCCCAAUGGUGUGCCCGGAUUAUCAGUGUUACUUCAACACCAUUGAAGAUCUCCAACAAAAGAUCUUAUGCACGAAAGCAGAGAAUUCUAGACUUGCUGUACAGCUUGACAACUGCAAACUGGCCACUGAUGACUUUAAGUCAAAGUACGAGAGUGAACUGUCCUUUCGCCAGCUAUUAGAGGCAGACAUCAGUGGCCUGCAUGGGAUCCUGGAUGAGCUGACCCUGUGCAAAUCUGAUCUGGAGGCCCAUGUGGAGUCUCUGAAGGAAGAUCUCCUUUGCCUUAAGAAAAACCAUGAAGAGGAAGUCAACUUGCUUCGUGGACAGCUUGGCGACCGCCUCAAUGUGGAGCUGGACACUGCCCCCACCCUUGACCUCAACAGGGUCCUGGAUGAGAUGCGCUGUCAGUAUGAAACGGUGCUUGCCAACAACCGCAGAGAAGCUGAAGAGUGGUUCGCUGUUCAGACAGAAGAGCUGAAUCAGCAGCAACUGUCCAGUGCGGAGCAGCUGCAGGGCUGCCAGACGGAGAUCUUGGAACUGAAACGCACAGCCAAUGCUCUGGAAAUUGAGCUCCAAGCACAGCAAAGCCUGACAGAAUCUCUGGAAUGCACCGUGGCAGAAACCGAGGCCCAGUACAGCUCCCAGCUGGCCCAGAUUCAGUGCCUGAUCGAUAACGUGGAGAACCAGCUGGCCGAGAUCCGCUGCGACCUGGAGCGACAGAACCAGGAGUACCAGGUGCUCCUGGACGUGAAGGCCCGGCUGGAGGGUGAGAUCAACACGUAUCGGGGCCUGCUGGACAGUGAGGACAGCAGGCUUUCCUGUAACCCAUGUUCGACCACAUGCACCUCGAGCAACACUUGUGAGCCAUGCUCAGCCUAUGUCAUCUGCACGGUUGAAAACUGCUGUUUGUGAAUGUUAAGGACAGCAGGUAGAGGAAUCAAAGCCAGCAGCAUCCUAGAAAGGAGAUGGGGCUUCAACCAGGGACGUCCAAACAGGAAUCACAAAUCCAGGGGGCGCUCAUAUCCUGGAAUUGCCCUCCAGGCAUCCUCAGUCUUUCUGCUUUACUAUUUCCUCUCCUUCCGGCUUAUUUGUGGUACGCUGGGAGCCCAUAAAGCGUUCUUGCUCAUCUCCAAA